GAUCUCUCGCUGGAGAAGGAAAUGGCGGCGGUCGUCUCAGGCUCAGUCUCGGCGGCGGGUUUGGAAGGCGGCCCCAAAAUGGCGGAGAGCGGAGCCGUUCCCGGAGGCGGCUUGGGCUCAGGAGGGCCGGCGAACGGGGCGGGCAACGGCAUCGCCGACGGAGGCUCCAAGAGUGAAAGCGAUUGGCCCAGCCAGGCGGAGAAAAGGAAAGAAAGAAAUGCCAAACGGGGAGGAGGGAGUCGCUUUGAGCCGUACCCCAGCCCUUCUUCGAAAAGAUACCGAGCCUUCAUCACCAACAUCCCCUUUGACGUCAAGUGGCAGUACCUGAAAGACCUGGUCAAAGAGAAAGUUGGUGAGGUAACAUACGUGGAGCUCUUAAUGGACGCUGAAGGAAAGUCAAGGGUAAGUCUCCGAGAGCUUUUCUUCUGUGGAUUUUUAACUACAUGACAAAAUGUGUGUGAUGGCGGCGUGGAACCCACCCCCAACGAGGUUGGGCCAGAGGCAGCGUGUCUGUGGUAGAGUGGUUCUCUCGUUGGCAGGGGCCCAGAGCUGCUUUGG